UCUCCUCUUGCCGGGCCCCAGCGCGCCCAACUCUGGGGCUCCCGAGGCAGCUGGCGGGCGGUCGGGGUGCCCAAGGCUGGAGCAGCGACCUGGGACCCCUGUGCUGGGCGCGGGAGGUAGGAAGAGGGUUUGUUGGGGGUGCCCGCCGGCCCAGACGCGACAACAGCGGGAGGAGGGAGAGAGGGCUCCCAGGCGCCCAGCCGCCUCCCCGGCACUCGCUCUCUGGACUUGUAGGUCUGCAAGCUGCUGCUCCUCCCACCCCGGCCCGCCUCCUCGCUCUCUCGCCUGCUCUCCAGAGCUGUUGUACCAGCCGUGCCGUGUGUCCCGGCGAGUGAGGGCCGAGGGGCCCCGGGCCAGAGCUGAGCUGAGGACAGGGGCGUCCAGGGCAGAGCGCAGCCGGCCGGGGAGUGGCCAUGUGUGGCGAGGCCGCAGCGAAGCUUGUCUGCUCCAAGUGACCUCGGGUCGUGGACCGCUGCCCUGCCCCCUCCGCUGCCACCUGGGGCGGUGCGGGCUCGGUGCCCCGGAUCGCGCGUAGAGCCGGCGGGAUGCACGUGCGCUCGCUGCGCGCUGCGGCGCCACACAGCUUCGUGGCGCUCUGGGCGCCUCUGUUCUUGUUGCGCUCCGCCCUGGCCGACUUCAGCCUGGACAACGAGGUGCACUCCAGCUUCAUCCACCGGCGCCUCCGCAGCCAGGAGCGGCGGGAGAUGCAGCGGGAGAUUCUGUCCAUCUUGGGCUUGCCCCAUCGCCCGCGCCCGCACCUCCAGGGAAAGCAUAACUCAGCGCCCAUGUUCAUGUUGGACCUGUACAACGCCAUGGCGGUGGAGGAGAGCGGACCCGAUGGCCAGGGCUUUUCCUACCCCUACAAGGCCGUCUUCAGUACUCAGGGUCCCCCUUUAGCCAGCCUGCAGGAUAGCCACUUUCUCACCGACGCCGACAUGGUCAUGAGCUUCGUCAACCUAGUGGAACACGACAAAGAAUUCUUCCACCCUCGCUACCACCAUCGGGAGUUCCGAUUUGAUCUUUCCAAGAUCCCUGAGGGGGAAGCGGUGACUGCAGCUGAAUUCAGGAUCUAUAAGGACUACAUCCGGGAGCGAUUUGACAAUGAGACCUUCCAGAUCAGAGUCUACCAGGUGCUCCAGGAGCACUCAGGCAGGGAGUCUGACCUCUUCUUGCUGGACAGCCGCACCCUCUGGGCUUCUGAGGAGGGCUGGCUGGUGUUUGACAUCACAGCCACCAGCAACCACUGGGUGGUCAACCCUCGGCACAACCUGGGCCUGCAGCUCUCUGUGGAGACCCUGGACGGUCAGAGCAUCAACCCCAAGUUGGCAGGCCUGAUUGGACGGCAUGGACCCCAGAACAAGCAACCCUUCAUGGUGGCCUUUUUCAAGGCCACAGAGGUCCAUCUGCGCAGCAUCCGGUCCACCGGAGGGAAGCAGCGCAGCCAGAACCGCUCCAAGACGCCAAAAAACCAAGAGGCACUCAGGAUGGCUAGUGUGGCAGAAAACAGCAGCAGUGAUCAGAGGCAGGCCUGCAAGAAACACGAGCUGUACGUCAGCUUCCGAGACCUUGGUUGGCAGGAUUGGAUCAUCGCACCUGAAGGCUAUGCCGCCUACUACUGUGAGGGAGAGUGUGCCUUCCCUCUGAACUCCUACAUGAAUGCCACAAACCACGCCAUCGUCCAGACACUGGUUCACUUCAUCAACCCAGACACGGUACCCAAGCCCUGCUGCGCGCCCACCCAGCUCAAUGCCAUCUCUGUCCUCUACUUUGACGACAGCUCCAAUGUCAUCCUGAAGAAGUACAGAAACAUGGUGGUCCGGGCCUGUGGCUGCCACUAGCCCUCCAGAGAGCCUGGCCUUUGGGGGCCACAUCUUUCCAUAUCCAUGAUGAUGUCUCGCUGUCUAAGUCUGUCACUGCCCACCUUGUUGAGCCAACAGGCCAGCCACCUCUCCUGAGCCUUCCCCUCUGGAAACACGUAAGGCCUUAGAAGCCUGAGCACCCAGUGGCUGCCGAGCACGCCUUCACCCUCUCUCAUUGUGCACGAGAUCCCACAAGCUGCCACAGGAAACAUCUAGCAGGAAAAAUAUCUCCUAAGGAAGAGUCCGUUGGUCAUGUGGUCCCUGCAGUGCACCGAGCCUUUGAUGGGUAACUGCAGGCACACUUCAACUGCCUCAGGAGGAAGGGCAUAGCCAGGGUGGGCGCAUCCGUCUGUGCUGCAGGAAAAGCAAAGCAGAAGUCCCUGUAAUAAAAUGUCACAAUAAAACCCAUGAAUGAAAAUAGUUAGGAUGUUAUAGGUAUGUUUUCCUAAACAGUUUAUCCCUGUUUCUUGGUUUACCCUGACUUCAUAAACAGAGGCUGGGGCCUGUGGGAGCUGGGGAGGCCCCUCCCUUCCAUCUUGGUUUCCUUCUGAGGCUGCAGGGCCUUGUGUUUACCCAGACAUACCCAAACCCACCCUGUAGGGAGGGGAAGGAGGAUGUCUGCUCAAAAGAGGCCGGAGACUCAUGGCUUCAAAGGCGGUGUGCUGCAGUGAAGAUGGAGGGGGGUGCACGCAUGUACACACACACACACACACACACACACAUG